AAUCUUAUAAUCUCUAUGGGUUGGACGCAGGUUAUCCGCAUGGUUGGUGAGAGUGCUGACAAUGUUGGUGCUACUGGAGGCUCAGGUAGUAGCAGCAAUAAGAUGCCAACUUUGGAGGAGUAUGGCACAAAUUUGACCAAGUUAGCAGAGGAGGGAAAAUUGGAUCCUGUUGUCGGAAGGCAGCAACAAAUUGAACGUGUCACUCAAAUUUUAGGUCGUCCUACCAAAAACAACCCUUGCCUUAUUGGAGAACCUGGUGUUGGGAAGACAGCUAUUGCUGAAGGUCUUGCCCAACAUAUUGCAAAUGAGGAUGUUCCUGAAACCAUAGAGGGAAAGAAGGUUAUAACCCUUGAUAUGGGACUGCUUGUAGUUGGAACUAAAUAUCGUGAAGAAUUUGAAGAGAGGCUGAAGAAACUAAUGGAGGAAAUCAAACAGAGUGAUGAGAUAAUACUAUUUAUUGAUGAAGUCCACACUCUGAUUGGAGCAGGAGCAGCUGAAGGGGCGAUUGAUGCUGCAAAUAUAUUAAAACCAGCUCUUGCUAGAGGGGAAUUGCAGGUAGUCAUUUUUCUUAACAAGUUGAAAAAGGAGGCUACUUGGUUGUCUGACCUUGACAAUAAUUUGAUAUUUCAGAUAUUUCAGAUACAAUUAGCAUAGAAAUUAAACUGUCAU